GCCCAUUUGUCUCUAACUGUUUUAGUAAUGUAAGAUUUGUUUGAUUUUUAUUAGUUACUGUUCGUUAAAAAAAUUAAUUGUUAUAAAUAAACUUUAAGUAAACAAAUUCACAAAUUCAACAAAUUUAGAGACGCAAGCCAUGGGAGCAUUUCUUGGAAAGUGGGUGCUUAUCUCCACUUUCUCCCCCGGCAUUGGCAGUCCUUUGGAACCCCCUUUAAGUAAACAAAUUCACAAUAUAUUUUCACUUUUAUUUUGGUUGAAAACCAAUUUUGUAACAACAAAAAAGCUUCUUUCAAUAUUGUUUCAUUUUUUUCAUUUCUCAGGCUCGUCACCAGCUGUUCAAUUUAAUAUUCAAAGCAAUGCUGUGGUCUGCACCUCCAAUGCGACCACCUCCAAUGCUGCUGAAGAAAUAGAGAUAGCGAACAGUACAGAAGAAAACCAUGUUUAUGACUCAGUAAUAUAUACAGGAUAUCAGACCUUCCAGCCCAAGACUUCAGAGGACCUAACUGAAACGAUUAAUUCAAAUGCUACAAGUAUUUCUGACCUAAGUAUCCAGCCUGAAACUUCAGAGAGCCUAACUGAAAGCAUCCCAACCAGUAUUGCUGACCAAACUCUUAAUGAUUCCAAAUGCCCAACUGAAACUGAUCCAGUUUAUAUUAAUAUGGCUUGCCAAACUACUGUCAAUGAAAUGAAUAAAUGAAAACAUUUGAGCAGCCUUAAAUAUACUGAAAUUUUAUUCUACAAAAAUGUAACUUCCUUUAGAAUGAAAAAGACAAGUUUUGGGCAAUUAUAUGGAAAAAAAAACAAAUUUGGGACAAUUUUAAAAAUGUUCGAUUCAGGUCUUUUUUAAUGAUUGUUGUGUUUUUUUAAUAUUAAAAUAAUUUUUUGUGUGUGUUUUAGAUCUAUAUGUUAUCACUGUAAAAUUGAGUUGUUUAAUUUCAUAUGCAUAAGUCUUGUUAAGUUGUUCAGUAUUUCAUAGAGAUAUUUCCUUUUGAUACCAUCAUAAGCGAUUUAAGUUGAUGUACUAGUACAUUGUUUUCUUGACAUUUUUUUUAGUUUGUAUUUAUGUUAUGAGUGCUGCUUUCAAUCUGUUAGUAUUACUUCUUCCAAAAUUCUUGAUAUUGGUUAGUCUUAUUGUGAAUUCAGUUUUUUUCCUCCAUUUUUAUUAGCUCUGUUGUAAUUUUGGUCCUCUCCUGGUGCUUCGUAAUUUUGUAUUUCUGAUGUUUAAAUUAGAGUUGGGGAGUUUAUAGUGUUGGUAGGUUUAUAGUGUUGGUGGCUGUUCAUAUUUUCCUUUGUCUCCAUCUUGUUUUAUUUAGGAACUCCUCAAAGUAUUCAGCCCAUUUGUCAAUGACCCUUCUGUUUUUUUUGUGACGAGGACACCAGUAUUGUUCUCAUACAUGUGUGAUCUUGCUUGAAAUGAUUGCCUCAUUUUUAUUCUUUCUGACAGAUUUUGUAACCCUUCGCCUUGCUUCUUUGUACUGCUUUCUGGUUUCUUUCUUUAGCAUUAUUUGUCUGUUCAAUAUGCCUGCAUUCUAUAUGUCAGACUCUCCUUUUCUUUUGCUUAAAUCCAACCAUGUCAUUUUAAUUGCUCAUUUGUUAUAAUUAGGAUUACCCACAGGCUACGUCUGUUGUUGUGCUUCAACAAUUUAUCUUUUGGUCUGUGAAUUCUAGUAUAUGCUUCAUUUAAUUGGAGUGGCCAGCUUUAAAUUCCUUCCCAUACACACUUCUGGCCUGUGAACUGUUCUCACGUAACAUUUUGACCCAAUAUCCCCCAUCUAAUUUCAAUACUCUUCUAAGAUAUUACGAAUUAGAGCGGCUCACUUAUAUUGAUCUCCCACACAAAAACACAUCCUUCUGGCCGUUUUUUUUUUUUACCACCACCCCAACACACAAAAUAAAAUAUCUAUAUCUGCUUUUUCUUUUUAAAACAUUUUACACACAUAAAACAAAAUUUUUGUCCUAGCUUUGAUAGAAAAAAAAAAGAUUGUUUUCAUAUAAUGUCUACAAAAACAAGUUAGGGGCCACAUACUGCCAUUGAAAUUUACUUUCAAAAGGAGUUUUUUUUUUAAAUGGUGAUUAAAACAGAAAGAAGUAUAAAAUUGUCUUUUUGUUAUAGCAACUUGAAGAUAAUAUUGGGAAUGAAACAUCAUUUUGGGAAGUUUUAAUUGCUGUAGUUUCCAUUUGUGAACUGGCUUAGUUGUUCUAGAGCAGGGGUUCUCAACCUGUGGGUCGUGACCCCCUUGGGUGUCGCCUAAGACCAUCGAAAAUAUGGAUUGUUUUUGUCUAUUCUUCUUUUGCUGUGUGUGUGUGUGUGGGGGGGGGGUUGCGGCCGAGUAGGGGAUUCUAAAAAGGGGUCGCCAAGCUUAAAAGGUUGAGAACCGCUGUUCUAGAGACAAGUUAAGUAAUAACAAGUUAAAUUUGUAUUUUUUUUAGUUCACCACAAUCAGGGUACCGUAACUAGUGCAAGGUGAGGGAAUCAGUAAGUGCCCUUAGAAUUAUAGUCUAGAUUGUAAUUGUCCUUUUCCAAUGCUGUUAGAUGUGUUAGGAAUUCUUAAGUUUCUGCAUCAAGUGGGUCUAUCAUGAGUGUUUGAGUAUCAUGUUGCUGUGCUACUUUGGUUCUUGUAUAUUUUACUGUUACUCUUUGUCUAAAUUUAGCUUUGGCUACUAGAUGGUCUGCAUCUGUUUGUCUGAAACUUCUUACAUGAAAUACAUCAAAUCUAUAUCUUUUACUUAUGAUUAUCCAUAUAGGAUCUAUUUGAUUUUGGUUUUUCCAUCAGGUGAGAUCCAUGUUGCUUUGUACUUUUUCUUAUGCUGGAAUUUAGUGCUACAGAUAGACAUUCCUUUUCCUGAGGCCAAACCCAGUAAUGUUAGAUCAUCAUUAUUUGCCUCUUCAUAUAAGUUUUCUUUGCCGAUUAUUGGUCUGAAGGCGAAUUCUUUUCCUAUUUUGGCAUUGAAAUCUCCUAGAACUAUUUUGAUGUCCUGCAGUGUUGCCUUGUCAUAAAUUCUUCUAGUCCAUCAUAGAAGGCUUAUUGUGUGAUCAAUGCUUUUUCCUUCAACGUUUAGGGCAUUUUAUUAUAGCCUAAACAUUUUUUUAAAAUUAACUUUUUAUUAUUCAUAUUUGUUUUAGCUUUCCCAACAAUAUUUUUUUUUAUAUGACUGUUGUUAACGCUGCGCACAACCAGCUGGGGGUGGCCUAUUAAGCUCUCUGGAUAGCUGCCUUUACUUUCAGUUAAGGUGCCAUAAUCUUUGUGGAUCCUUCCUUUUCAUACAGGCAGCAGGUUUGAUUUUGGUAUACCAUAAGUAUUUUAUUUCUUCGAUAUUUGCCAUAUCUGAAGAGCAUUCCCCUAUUUGCCACCUGAGUAAAAGUUUGAGGGGAGAUCAAAGACUCCAGAUGAGAAAACUUCCAGCUUGAUUUAAUUGUGAUCCUUCAGUUGUGAAACUACUAUGUGGAAAUGAGAUGAAUCCCUGGCAAUGGCAAUGGUCGAAACUAUAUCUCCCUCAGCAGUUUCCCUCUCUACAAGCAACUGAUCUAUCCAAAGGAACAGCAAGUGUCGAUACAAGAUCAGUGGCCUCACAGGCUUUAUACUAUUGUCUUUCUACUUCUGCUGAUGAAUUUCAGAAUUAUGGCCCUUGAAGGCCUGAUUGUUAAUUUGUUUACCAACAUUGAAUUGCACUAUAUAAAAUUAUUUUAUAAGCUUUGGAAGGUGCCUGUUUUCUUCUUAUUCAACUUUUUUUUUUCGCAUAUUAACUUCAAACAUUUACUUUUUAAAAAUUAAUGUAGCCAUGAUAUCUGGACAGUUAUUUUGUAGGGAUACUGUUUGAGUCACAGCUUUUCUGGAAUGUUACUUGCGAGUUGCAUAAUCAAACUAUCUAUGUGAGGAAAUAAAGUACUAAGGUUAUUACCUGCAUGUAAGGCUUGUUAUUUACCUAAAAUUAGGAUGAACUAUUUGUUGUGAUUAAAAUUUUGAAACAGUU